ACCUGAAAUCAUACUACCAUCCUCUGAAUCCUGCGGGAAUCCUGAAGAAGACUGCAGUAAGCUCCAUGGUUGACAGGCUCCGAGAAAUGCAGUCUUUUUUUGGCUUAGAGGUGACUGGCAAACUUGACGAUAACACCUUAGAUGUCAUGAAAAAACCAAGAUGUGGGGUCCCUGAUGUAGGGGAAUACAAUGUUUUCCCUCGAACUCUCAAAUGGUCCAAAAUGAAUUUAACAUACAGAAUUGUGAACUAUACCCCUGAUAUGUCUCAUUCUGAAGUUGAAAAGGCAUUCAAAAAAGCCUUCAAAGUGUGGUCCGAUGUGACACCUCUGAAUUUUACCAGACUUCACGAUGACGUUGCUGAUAUCAUGAUCUCUUUUGGAACUAAAGAGCAUGGUGACUUCUACCCAUUUGAUGGGCCCUCUGGUCUGCUGGCUCAUGCUUUUCCUCCUGGACCAAAUUAUGGAGGAGAUGCCCAUUUUGACGAUGAUGAGACCUGGACAAGUAGUUCCAAAGGCUACAACUUGUUUCUUGUUGCUGCCCAUGAGUUUGGCCACUCCUUAGGUCUCGACCACUCCAAAGACCCGGGGGCACUCAUGUUUCCCAUCUACACCUACACUGGCAAAAGCCACUUUAUGCUUCCUGAUGAUGAUGUUCAAGGAAUCCAAGCUCUCUAUGGUCCAGGAGAUGAAGACCCCAACCCUAAACAUCCUAAAACGCCAGACAAAUGUGACCCCUCCUUAUCUCUUGAUGCCAUUACCAGUCUCCGAGGAGAAAUGAUGAUCUUUAAAGACAGAUUCUUCUGGCGCCUUCAUCCUCAGCAGGUUGAUGUGGAGCUGUUUUUAACAAAAUCAUUUUGGCCAGAACUUCCCAACCGUAUUGAUGCUGCAUAUGAGCAUCCCUCUCGUGACCUUAUCUUCAUCUUUAGAGGUAGAAAAUUUUGGGCCCUUAAUGGUUAUGACAUUCUGGAAGAUUAUCCCAAAAAAAUAUCUGAACUGGGAUUUCCAAAAGAGGUGAAGAAAAUUAGUGCAGCUGUUCACUUUGAGGAUACGGGCAAGACUCUCUUCUUCUCAGGAAACCAGGUCUGGAGGUAUGAUGAUACUAACCAUAUUAUGGAUAAAGACUAUCCCAGACUCAUAGAAGAGGACUUCCCAGGAAUUGGGGAUAAAGUAGAUGCUGUCUACGAGAAAAAUGGAUAUAUCUAUUUUUUCAAUGGACCCAUACAGUUUGAAUACAGCAUCUGGAGUAACCGUAUUGUUCGAGUCAUGCCAGCAAAUUCCCUAUUGUGGUGUUAAAUGUCUUUAAAAAUUUGUUAUUUAAGUCCUGGAGAGCAUUUGGGAUAAUUCUUCCAAACGUGUGGGGGUGGGGCUGGGGAGGAGGAGAGAGAUCGGGGGAAAGCUUAGUUCUGUGAACAAGCUUCAAUAAGUUAUGUUUGACCAUGUAGCAUCUAUACGAAUAAGCGUGGCUGGAACCACAUUGAAGAGUAUUAAAGUAAUGAAAUGGAAUAUCUCUAAGGAUCACCUGAUUCUUGUGUGCUAUAUGGAAACAAUGGUGAUGAAAUUUCCCACACCAGAAACGGGACACACGGUGUGUCGAUGUUAGCAUAAUUUUAAAAUAUAUUUAUAAGGAAACUUUACAAAGGCAGAAAAGUAAGUCGCAUUUAUAUAAUUGAAAACCAUCUUUACUAAAAAGUGUAAAAUAGUAUGAAAAUGGAAUUUGGGGAAGUAUGUGGUAACCAUACAAGAACAUAGAUAAACCAAAGGGAAAUGUCUGUAAUGAAUAGAUUGUAGAAAACUUUCCAAGGAAAUAAUUUGGGUUUUGCACUGAGAAUGUUCCGAUGAACAUGCCCCUCUUCACACAGACACUAAGAAAAUAUCAAAGUGACUGAAGAUAAGAGACAAAGACUUAUUUAUGGUGAGGACAGCAGAUGUGGCCCUUGGAUUCUGUUUACCUUUUACUUUUGGCAAUGACUCAGGGCUGCUCUCAAAUAAGACAAAUAUUUCUUUGUAUAUUUAUGGAAGAUAAAGAGAGACAAUCUCUCCUAUUGUCAAAAUAUUCUAGGUCAUUCAAAAGUCACACAGUAAAAAAUUAAAAUUGCUAUCAAAAUAAUCUAAGGCCAUGGCAUCACUUUCUCAUAAAUCAUUUGAUUAUUUAAGACUAAAAAUAGUGUUUCAACCCUAUUUUAUCUAGCUGUUUUAAUUGCCCAGUUUACCUUGGAUAUGUAUGGUAUUUUCUAAACACUCGUACAGCAUGAAAUAAAACAAACCUUAUAAACUGGAAAUACACCUGUUAAAACAGAGACAUCUGAAAUAAAGAAAACAGUCUACUACACUGUGAUCCUCCUGAGUUAUGAGACUGUUCCUUUUAUCUCUGCUUUUUUUUUUUUAAUCCCCCAGCACUUUUCACAGUGCCUGACACUUGGUAGGGAACUGGCACUCAUUGAAUAUAUGAAUGGCCAUCAAGGGAAAAACUAUUGUGCUGAGAGGUAUUGUUCAUAAAAACUCAAGCAAAGAAAAUGAAGUGUAUAAUUGCAAAAUGCAUUAGGAAGUGUUUAUGUUGUUUAUAAUAAAAAGAUAUUUUCAACA